CAUAAAUCCAAGCUCAUAGGAAAAAUCCAAAAUGUCGGCGUUCUUCUAUACAUAUCAUCGAAAGCUCCACUGUUUAAAUGUAGAUGACUACGUGGUGGAAAAUGGAAAACAGCUGAAAAAGAUCGCAUCGGAUCUUUGUGGGGGUAUACCAGAACAAGACUUGUCCGUGAUCCAUAAUGGCCAUCUUGUCACUGAUGACAGAGAACUGCUACUUCAAGAUGGAGACGUGUGCUAUGCUAGUCUGCUUCUACCGGGUGGAAAGGGAGGGUUUGGUUCCAUGUUACGCGCCAUCGGAGCACAGAUUGAGAAGACCACAAAUAGAGAAGCAUGCCGAGAUCUGAGUGGAAGACGAAUGAGAGACAUAAAUGACGAAAAAAAGAUUGCUGAAUGGGUUUCUAAACAAGCUGAAAGAGAGCGAGAGAAGGAACAGAAGAAACAGGAGAGGUUGGCAAGAAGAAGAUCAAUGCCAAAACACAUGUUUGAUGAUAAGACAUACACACAGAAUAUUCAGCAAAAUUCAGAGAGAAUAGAAGCUGCACUGCAUCAAGGGUUUAAAGCAGCUGGCAGUUCAAGAUCAUCAGGUGCUUCAAGCACUUCAGAGAAGGCAGCUGGAAAAAGAGUUCAUCCAGGGGAUCCUACAAUUUCAGGAGGAGGGAAAAAAAGUAGAUUGUGGUUGGGAAUGGAAGACCUGUCAGACAGUGGUGAUGAUGAAGAAGGGAUGGCUCCUGUCAGAAGCAACGAUAAUGAAGAUCCAAGCAGGCACACAUGCACUUCAACUGGUGUGUCUUGUAGCAGCACUCAAGCAGAGGUUGCAGUCCCUGAAGAGGCUUCAGACAACAGACAUUGUGUAGACACAGAUUGUAAGAUAGCAAAGCCACCUGCACAGCCAUCAGAAACAAAUGCUGAGUCACAGAAAGAAGACACAAAGACAGAGCAUAUUAGAGCAGCUGUCGCUGAUACAAAAGAUCAGAGAGAAGAUUUUCAGGAAAAAGAUGGAAUGACAGAAACAGUUACCAGAGGAGAAGAAGACAAUAAAGCUACUGAAGAAGAGACCAUUAGAAAGGUUGAGUUUUGCCUUGAUAGCUACUCAUCAGCAGAGGAGCUUGAAUCCCUAGGAUUGGAACAUCUGAAGGAGGAACUAAUGUCAAGGGGGCUCAAGUGUGGAGGGACAUUACAGCAGAGGGCUCAAAGGCUGUUUGCUACAAAAGGAGUCCCCAUGGAUCAACUGGAUCCCUCUUUUUUUGCCAAGUCAACAGGCAGCAAAAAGUCUAAUGGGAAAAAGUAACAUUAAAAGAGAACUGCACCUGGAAUUCUGUUCAUAGUUGUAAUCUUGUCAAGUUCUUAGCAUGGUAUUUUGUUUAUCUUGCAGUUGCAAGGCAAAUGUAUAAAGGGUUUAAAAGGUUUAACAGCCAUGAAGAAGUUACUUUAUGUUUUACAACAGAACUAAUUUAUUUCAAAAUGUAUUUAACAUUUACAAUACUUCAGUGUUUUCCUAAUAAUAUUAUGCGUUUGUUACUUGAAUUUUACAUUGUAUUUUCAUUGCUAUUACAUUAAAAAAUUAAUGAUGCUGUCACUUUUAAGUGCCUUAAACAAACCAUUUAAGGAGGCAUGUAAAACCCCAAAUAAACAUGACAAAACAAACACAAUGUCAUGGAGAAUGAAAGGUUAUAGGGCAGGUACUGUUACUGUAGUUGCUUUAGCAUCUGCUUCUUAGCUUUGAGCUAAGGGGUAGUCAGAGGUACAGCUAAUAUUUCCUUCAUUUCCUAACAAAAGAGAGGCUAUUCUCAUGGUAGCAACUUUCUGGGGAUAAUCACUCUUGAGAAGUCACUAUUUGCAAGAUUCCAUUUUAUUCUUUAACUCCUUGACAUGAUUAACAUGUAACUUCCCCUUGGAUUUUCAUUACACUAAUCCUUCAGACCGGGAAUAAGAACAAAUAAGGUUAUUGGGUAGAGGACAAUGUCUCAUUCUAUUAUGAAAUUCCUUGGUCUUUCAAGCAAGGGAUUGAAUGACAGUUAGAAUGGACAGUUACUAAUUUAAUCUUGGGAGUUGAAGGGUGACAGCAUUUUUCUGAUGCUGCACAAAAAUUAAGAAUCUACAAUUAUUUUUUUUCAUUUCAAUUCACUUUUAUUUGGGAAAUAUCUCAAGUUCAAGGUCACUUUCAUAAGCUCAUUUAACUCUUGAUUAUGUAUAAAAAUGUAUUAAAUGUAUAAAUUUUGAGCAAUUUGUAAAUUUUUUGCCUGUCAUGUCUAUUGUGGAGACCUCGCUACAACAAAGUAUCAACUGGAAAACUUGAAGGGUUGAUGUGUAACCAAUUGUUUUCUUGCAUAAAAAGGACUUUCACAGGUUUCUUUUUGUUUACCAUCACAUCUAGAAGAAUGCAGUCUGGUGGUUUUUCUGUGUUUAUGGAAUACGCCAGUUUCCGCUUCUGUUUGGGUUUAGUCAAUUUAACAUCAGUUGUACAGUCCUUUGUAAGAAAAUAGAAAGAAUACAAUAUUCAUUGAAAAGGCCUUUAGGCACACAAAGGAGAUGUUAACCCUUCAACUUCCAUAAAAGACCAAGACAGAAUUGUACCUUAAAAUAUCAAUACAAUAUCAAGCAGACAAGUAAUGAGAAUAAAGAAAAAUAUUAGUUAA